CUUAAUUGAAAAUGCAUUUAAAUUUAGUGUAAACGCUUAGUUAUAUUUUUUAGUUUGGAAGUGUUUAUUCUAUGCAUCGUCUCUUUACUACAUUCACCAUCAAAGCAAUGUCGAAGAGCAAAGCAAAAGGAAAAACAGCCGGCACUGUUCCAGCAAAGCCGCCAAUUACCGAAAAAGCGCCGGUCUCCCUGGAUAAAAGCGGGAACAUUGCCAUACAAAUUCUCGCCAAGCCGGGUGCCAAGCAAAAUGGCAUCACGAACAUAGGCGCUGAAGGCGUAGGCGUUCAGAUCGCAGCACCUCCUUCCGAAGGCGAAGCAAAUGCGGAACUGGUUAAGUUUCUCUCGAAGGUUUUGGGCCUUCGCAAGAGUGACGUCUCUCUCGACAAGGGAUCGCGUUCCCGCAACAAAAUCAUUCUCAUCAGCAAAGGUGUGACCACAGUGGAGGCGAUUGAGCAGUUGCUGCGCAAGGAGUGCGAAUCGUGAAACAUAUUGAAGCUUUUCGGGAUUGAACAAAUUCAUCAAUUCCCCCCGUCCCCGGGAAUUCAAACCGAAUAACUGAAUAGCUUUCUGGAUUUGGACACAUUUACAAAUUCCGAAUAGUUUGAACGAAUUUGUAACCAUGCAAGAUGGUUUGCUCUUGGUACCCUGGCGGUGGUCUUUCAUCACCAUUUUAAGUUAUUUAAAUAAAUAAAACUAUCUUAAAUUUGCUCUUA